GUCAGGCAGGGAAGAGUCCAGCAAAGGUAGCUGAUGACAUGUUGGAUGCUAUAGUGGAAUUUGCAAGCAAAAGAUCAGUACAGCAUUUGAAAAAAAUUAAAAUCGUCAUCUUCCAGACAAAUAUGCUCACAGACUUUUACGAAAGCAUGAAGAAAAGAGAAGAUUUGGAUUUGUCCACAAGAGAUUCAUGGAUGUCUCCCUUCUCUCUGCAGUCAAUAGCACUCCCUGCACAUUGGGAAGACAUGCAAGAUGAACAGGUCAAACUGGUGAAUCUCAAUGCAUCAUGUCUGGAAUACCUGGAAGUUCAGAACAAAUUUAAGAAAACCUGUUCCAGCUUUGUCAUAGAGAAGAUUGAAAGAAUACAAAAUUCCUUCCUCUGGCAGACAUACCAAAUAAAAAAAACCUCUCUCUGUACAAAGAACAAAGGUCAAAAUAAUGAGAAGUUGUUAUUUCAUGGGACAGCUGCAUCCUCAUUGAGCCAGAUCAACUACAAUGGAUUUAAUCGUGGGUUUGCUGGAAAGAAUGCUGCAUCCAUUGGAAAGGGAACCUACUUUGCUGUUGAUGCAUGUUAUUCUGCUCAAGAUACUUAUUCCAGACCGGAUACGAACGGCAGAAAAUACAUGUACUUGGUGCGGGUCCUCACGGGGCAGUACUGUGCUGGGAGCAGUGAACUAAUCACUCCACCUCCAAAAAACCCAGCAGAUCCUACUGACCUGUAUGACAGCGUGGUUGAUAAUGUGAACAAUCCAAAAAUGUUUGUCAUAUUUAGUGACAUUCAGACAUAUCCUGAAUACCUUAUUACUUUCAGAAAAUAG